GCGCUCCAGACCCUGCAAUGUCACUUCACUUGGUGCUUUCUCGAUAUGGAGGAUGUGGGACACACCCUGCAGACACUGGCCACCAAGGUGCAGCACACGGCAUACCGUAACCGCGGGGUCUACCUCGCCAUGCGGGCGUACCUGCAGCAGCGGGAAGGGAAUUACGUUGAGGCUCUGGGCAGUCUCAGAGAAGCUGAAGCAGUGCUCAAACAAGACCACCCAACCAACUUCUCCCGCCAGGCCCUGGUGACGUACGGGAACUAUGCCUGGAUUUAUUACCACUUAGCCAACUUCGAGACGGUGGAGCUCUACCUGGGCCGGAUUCAUGAGAUCUGCCAGUCCCUGUCCAGCCCUGAGCCGUACUCGGCGCACAUCCCUGAGAUCCAUGCACAGAAAGGCUGGUCUCUUCUCGCUGCGGGUUCCCAAAACGGGGAAGAGGCCAAGAUGUGCUUCCAAACGGCACUCCAAGGAGACAAGUCCAACAAAGACUUCCAGGCUGGUUUGGUGCUCUCCCUUUUUGCCGCCUGGACUUGUUCUCAGAAAGCCGACCACUGGAAAGAGGCGAAAAGGCUGGUGGAGAUAUAUCACCGGCGCCGCCCCCUAAACGAUGAAGUCAAAGUCCAUUUGGCCAGUUUGCUGGAGAAGACAGACUGGCAGAGGACAAAAAGACUGGCGGAGGAAGCCGUCCGCAGCAGCCUCGACCCGGAAGUCCUGAGAAACGCCGCCAAGGUGUGCCAGCAGCGUGCCCCCUCUCGCGCCAUCGACAUCCUGCAGCAAGCAAUUGCCCUGGCUCCCGGAUACUACCUCCUGCACCACGACCUCGGCGUCUGCUACGCGAACCAGCUGCAGGAGGCCGCAGCUCCGGAGGAGAGAGAAGAGACCCUGACCGCCGCUAUCGAGAGCUUCAAGCGGGCCGUGGAAAUGGAUCCCCGGGGUCUAAUUUCCCGGCUGGCAUUGGCUAGAAUGUACAGUGAAAGGGCCCCGCUUCAUGCCCAAGAGAUCUUUCAUAACCUGGUGAAGGAACUGCCAAGUUUCAGCAAACGAGGCCAGCGGGUUAUCUGUCUACACUGGGGGGACUUCCUCCUCCACUGGAAGGGGCUGAGGCGGGAGGCGGCUGAGGUGUACAGGGCAGGCCUCGCCCUCCCGGGUGGCGGCCACAAGGAGUGGCAGCAGCUGAGGAGAAAGCUGGAGGCAGUGGACAUGAUGUGCGAGGAGGACUCCGAAAGGGACUCCGAAAGGGAACACUAACUCCUCGGGCGGCGAGAAAGGCUGCCGGCAAAGUCUGAUCCUCGGCACUGGUCAUUUUCUGAUGCUACUGCUUGAGCAUAGGGGGAAAUCGGGACACUCG